UUCCCGCCAAGACGCGCGUUCGGAUACACGAUCAAAUUGAUAACUCGUUUUAUUAUUUACGAUUUCAUUUCGAGUUAAAAGUUUUUAAGUGGUUUGUGGAUUUGUAAAAAUUGUAUGAAUUGAGUUAUAAACGUUGUAAUGAUAAUUAAAAUAGGUUGUUUUGAUAGGUAGACAUUUUUAGAAACAAUCAAAAUGAAGUGUUUUACAUGUUUUUUACUGUUUAUAUUCAUACAAAACUCAGUGAAAAGUGAGAAACCGUUUAAAAGUAUACCAGUGACUGUGAAAACUUAUGAAAACGACACAGUUCUGUUGCCCUGCUAUAUUGAUGAAAAUGAAGGCAAGCUCCGAGUCCGUUGGUACAAAGACAAGAAACUCCUCGGAGACAGCCACACUCCUCACGAGAUCCUGCCCCCUAGAGUGAGGAUGCACGCCAACUAUAGUCUCCAAGUUGACGACUUGCAAGCCGAAGACACUGCUGACUAUACUUGUGAGAUCAUCAGGCCUGAGCCAUGGGGUCCCAUCAGACAAACACACUCCAUAGAAGUACUUUAUUCCCCAACAGUCAAGACGAUUCCUGCCGACGGUUUCCUAGAAGUCCGCAAAGGUGACUACGUGGACAUCGGCUGUGAGACCACCGGUACACCGCCCCCUAUCGUAGACUGGAGGAAAAAUGGUGGACCAAUGGCGUUACUAGAACACAGAUCGAGAAUCAGGUUCAGGGCUGAACACCGACUGUUAGCGGGAGUGUACGAGUGUAUCGCUAAUAACGGUGUUGGAGAACCGGCGAGAGCUACUAUCACUGUUGUUAUACAAGAUGCUCCCGUAGUGACAUCGUCCCGCACCUACGUGCACACAGCUGUGGGACUGCGAGCUGCACUGUCAGCCACAUUAGAGUUCGCGGUACCACAUGCGACCACUGCCUGGUACAGAGACGGCAGACCUGUGAAGACUGAUGAUAGAAUAGUACAAAUGGUACAAGACAACGUGCAUCACCUGAUCUUCCGUAGCGUCCGCAAGUCGGAUCUCGGCAACUACACUUUCCGCGCGGAGAAUAAGCUCGGCAUGGCGGAUCUGAUGUUCAAGCUUACUGGUGUACCAAACGCAGCAUCAUUCAAAGUAGACGCAACACUGAAUAAAGCUACAUCUACCAGCUUUACUCUCAUCUGGGAGGUAGACUCCUAUUCCACUCUCAUUGAGUACAACCUCUGGCUGCGUCCAUACUACGGGCGGCUGGUGUCUCCGGAGCCCGACGCCUUCACCACCGAGCCGCCCGCCAACCAGUGGAGCAAGAUCAUCGUGCCCGGAGACUCUAGUGAAGGCCCAAUCCACAGCGCCAUCUACACAGUGAGAGGAUUAACACCAUCCACAGUGUAUGAAGCUAUCGUUACGUCUAGAAAUAGAUUUGGCUGGAGUAAACCUUCAUCUAUUUUACAUUUUGCCACCGAGCCUGGAGCCGGUAGGACGAAGCCUUCCACAGCAGACUACUCAGAAAUAACUCCAAUAUUAGUAGAAACGGAACCGGAAGCGUACAACAUAACACAAGCGCAGAUUUUCGAACGACUCAACGAACUGUCAAGCGGAGCGCGGGAAACUAUGUGUGCGUCCGCCAUCUUAGUUUCAUGUUGUAUUUUGUUAAUAUUUAGCUGAUUUGUAAGAAAUAAAUCGUCAUAGUUAAGUAAUUUUGUAAAUUAAAAUGUGACAAAAUAAAAAGAAGUAGGCUUGCGGAAAAUUACCCUCCCUUUUUACCCGUCUGCGAUGAGCGAUGCAGGAUGCUUAUUUUUUAAAAGAAAAUAAUUUGUAUUCAAAUUCUAGACUCUAUGAAAUCACCGUGAUAAGUUUGUGAUUCUGUCUAAUUUUAUGAAGUGGCAACAUUUAUCAGUAAAAGACAAAAACUUUUUUUUUAACGACGUCAAAAAUCAUCAAAUGACUUCCUCCUGCUGUGGGUUGAGACGGUGUGGGGGUGUCAGACUCCUACUGACUAAAAACCGUCGUGUUGCACCGUAGGCCUUUUAUGCAAGGGUCGCGGUAACUCUUUCGAACAAUCCCAUAGCCAAAAGGCAAAAACUAAGUUUAUAAUUUGCUGCAUUCAUUGAAUGAUUUUUUUAAUGACAUAAUGUGUAAGCAAAAUAUUUAUAUAUGUAAAAGAAAUAAGUAUAUAGCUACUAUUAAGUUAAUUAAGUCCUUUGAGAAUUAUAAUAUUUAUUUUAACUAGUAACAUUUAGAAAUAGUUUCAUAACUUCGAAAGUGUUGUAAAUGUAAAAAUAUUUUAUAAGACGAAUUAAUUUAGUAUAGCAGUUUUCUUGCCAGAAAGUGCACGAAAUGGGAUUAUUUCAAGGAACUAAUGUUUUCUAUCUCACAAAGUUCCUUUCUAUUGAUGUACAUAAUAAAUAUAUUUUUGAACAUUUGUUUAUUUUCUUAUCUAGUUAAUGGUGUGUGAACUGGAGAGAAAUAAGUAACAACUCAUGUUAUGUACGAUUAUUUAUUUCAUAUUUUUCAAUACAUUUAUCAUCAUUUUUAAACAACCAUAUCAGGCUGUGCUUAUGCACAAGCCUUCUUUUACACAUAACUUUGGUUUUUAAUCAAAUUUGAUACCAAUACGCUUAGAGACACUAAACACAGAUACUUCAUUUAAUAAUUAUUCUUAAAAUUUACUACAGUAAAUAUUUGUUAAGUCUCUUCAUAUUAACUAAAUUAUCGAUCGAUUUCUAUCGACCAAUAUGAUGUUUUAUUUACGUUAAAAAACAGUUAAAAUACAUUAUUUUUAUUAUAAUUAAACAUUGAAUACAUUUACUUAUUUUGAUACAAUAUUAAAUUUUUCACUUGUACGGAGUAACAAAUUUUUACGAAAAAGGUUCAGGCGUUUUGCUGUGAAGAGGUGAAACACUAGAAACUCCAGUAUUACUUCUAAACCUGACUUUACUUAUAUUUAUUUAAACAAUUCGAUCCUGACUUAUAUUCGCGCCUGCGAUCCAAAGAUCGCAAACACAAAUAGAAAUAUAAAAUCUUUUGUAAUUUUCAUAAGUGAGCCCUCUUAUCUUACAAAAACUUAGAAGAUUUUAUAUUUAUAAUUCGUUAUUAAAUAUUGCUUUGCCAAAAUGUGUUUUUGAAUUUGAUUUGAGUGCGACACCUCAUAAACAGGUAACCAGAACCAUUUUCGCGAAUAUUUUCUUAUUUAUAAAUAUACAAAAACAUUUUGGUCAUUUUAUUUUUUCGAAUUCAACUAACAAAAAUAGAAUGUGAAUGAUUUUGGAAAAAAUACUGAUCCAUAGACUAGACAACAUUAGUUUUGUACGGUGAAAAAAUGUGUUUGUAUGUUUGUGUGAGUUUAUAAAAAACUUUUUUUUUUACUUAAAAACUAUAUUGUAAACGUACAUAAUUAUUUGAAACAUUGAUAUUAUAUUUAAUUUCAACCAACGGAUUAAUGUCAACUAUACUUUAACACUAAUAAUAAAUAUGACGUUUUGUUUCAAUGACAUUACGAAUAUUAAAAUUUACAAUACACAUUAAUUUUUAGGUAAUAAUAAUUAUAGAAAAAAUUACAACUUUGAAAUAAAAAUGCCACUGUCUAGGUAACAAUACUACCCGUAUUUUCAAAUAAUUCUAAUUAAAAAGAAUGCGUAAUCUAUAGUACAAAUAUUUUAAAAAAUCUAGCCUAAAUUUAAAUAAUUUAAUGACAAGAAAUUAUAGAUUUAAAUACGAAACAUUUCGAAUUUGAACUGAAACUAAUGUUUGUGUUAUUUAAACUUAGGCUAGACAAGUAAAGAAGCGUUAAAAUGUUAAAUAUAUAACAAUGAAUGGGAUAUGUUAACAUUUUGUAUAUCAUAUACUUUGUUAUGAUUACAUCAAAGAAUAGAAAUAGCAUAUUAUUCUCGACAUAACAACUCAUCGCGAAUUAACAAAUCCGACCAUUUUAA